AUUGUAAUCUUUUUGUUUUUAUAUAUAGGUUCAGGUUGAUUAUUUUCUUUGCAGCAACUAUCAAACUGUAUAUGAAAUGAAGUUUAUAUAAAGUGCUCGCAUUUUUUGUUAAUUUCGGUUUGUUUAUAUAAUUUAUAAUGUUUAACAAGUUUUUUCAGAAUAACAAACAUUUUAAAACUAGUAUCACGUCUAGCAAGAUUUGAAUUAUUUCCUAUUGAAUCAAUCAGAAAAUGACCGCCAACGAUUUCAAAUCAGAUCAAUGUUGCCCUCAAUAAAAAAGAAAAGUGCAACAAUUAAUUGCUCCUAAGUUUUUAUUGAAAUAAAAAUAUUUAAAUAAUUGUUUUUGAUAUGGUGCUUAACUAUAAAUACAAAUGGUAAAUAUAUGCAUUUAACUGUACAUUCCCUGAUUUCGUUCGUGUGAUUAGCAUUGCUUUUUUAGAUAUUGGAAAUGUAAGACUCAACGAUCUUAUAAUGACAGAAAAUUUGCUUGAAGGGCGCAAGCAACUGGAAAACAGUUCUGCUAAUUUAAAAAUUGAACAAAACAAUAAUAAGACUGAAAAUUUGCAGGAAUUACUACCCGAUGUCAAACAAAGCAAGGAAGAUAAAAUUCGCAUGGAGACGGAAGCUAUCAGCCAGACUGCCACAAAUGAUAAUCAAGAACAUAAAAUAACACAAUUUGUUCUGCAAUUACUUGGUGAUCUCAAAGGCCAAGAGGAACUUCAUUUAGGCGAACUAAAAGAGCUUCGUAAGGAGCUGGAGGAAAAGGAUAAUAUGUGCAAUCAAUUAAAGCUUGAGAUAUCCCAAGUUCGAGAAAACCCUACAUUUUAUGAUCUAAAAAGUCACGAAGAACGUCAUUCACGAGAAGUAAAAGAUCUUCGCACACAGCUGGAAUUAAAUAAGAUGUUCACAAAUGAAGUAAUCACUGCUGGGAAAAAUAUUAAUCAAAUGCGCAUGCAAUUGCUUAACGAUCUCAAAAUUAGAGAAGAAUGUCAUUUACGAUACGUAAACGAGCUUCGUGAAGAGUUAAAAGUAAAAGAAAAUAAUCUUAAAGAUCAAGAAGAACGCCAUUCACGAGAAGUAAACAAACUUCGUGAGGAGCUGGAUGUAAGAGAUAACACAUGCCAUGAAUUAGAACUUGAAAUAUCCCAAGUCCGACAAAAUCUUGACGAUCUUAAAGGUCAAGAGGAGCUUCAUUUACGAAAAGUAAAAGAGCUUCGCAAAGAGCUAGAGGCAAAGGAUAAUAUAUGCCAGGAGCUAGAACUUAAGGUAUCCCAAGUUCGUGAAAACCCUGAAUUUAUUAAAAUGCGACAGCAAUUACUUGAUGAACUUGAAAGCCAAGAACUUCACUUGGUCGAAGUAAAUAAGCUUCGCAAGGAACUGGAGGCUAAGUAUACAAUAUGCCAUCAGUUAGAGCAUGAAGUAUUCGCAGUGCAGGAAAAUGCUAAGUUUAUUCAAAUGCGAGAACAAUUAAUGGAUAAUCUCAAAGAUCAAGAAGAACGUCAUUUACGAGAAAUAAGUGACCUUCGCAAGGUGCAGGAGGACAAAGAUAAAUUAUGCUUGGAGAAAGAUCAGGAAGCAGCUCAACUCCGAGAUCGUCUUAACUUCAACAUGUCUUGUCCCAUAUGUUUGGAGCCAUGGAAUUCUUCAGAACAUCGCAUGGUUGCGUUGUCAUGUGGUCACAUUUUUGGUGAAUCAUGCGCACGACAAUGCCUGCAACGAAAUUUACAUUGUCCAGAAUGUCGAGCUCCUGCUUCAGAAAGUAAUAUCCGUAAACUAUUUCCCCGUUAAUAAUUUCUUCAAUCUGCGUGUACUACACGUAAUAAAUUUCAACAAUACAAAUGAGCCAAUAAACAAUUAAUAAUUUCUUAUCUAUUUACAUAUGUAUGUAUGAACUGUCAACAACUAUCAACGCAGUACAAACAAUGACCAAGUUUGACAAGAUAAUCGGUAUAUUUUUCUUUAAUCUAUUGAAUAUACACAGUUUACAACGGCGAUAAUAGUAUUUUUGUAUAUUACCACAAUUGAAUUAAAUUGUGCGUAUAAACAAAAUUUCAUCAUUUUAAAGCUAUAUAAUUACAUAUUUCUCCUACAUAAUCAUUUUAUUAAAAUUACAAUUGAAUAAAUUAUGC